CGACCGGAGUCCCACCGAGUAGCCUUGUAAAACUCAAUUUGACCAAAAGCCAAUAUCGUCCAAGCUAGUUUUAGAAUACAUUCAAUAUGAGCACCGACGAAGAGAAACCACCCAGAGAAUAUGUCGAAACCUUGAUGAGAAAGGGUUCCUACAAAUCAUCGAACCAAUCUACACUCGAGGGUUAUGUUGACGCCCAGGCGACGGGAGAGGGUGACUAUUACUUCGAAGCCAACAAGGCCCUGCUGAAGAUAUACCAAUUUCUUCCCAAAGCAGCCGAUCCCAAUAAGGUCGCGUUGGUUUUGUUGCUUGCAAUGCUGGAAUAUCCCUCGCCAAACACAGACUGGUUGGCCCUCUCCUACCUCAUCCCCGAGCGACUCCAAAAGACCGAGCCAGUUUCUUCCGUUCUGCGAUGUUGCAAGGCUCUGGAUGCUUGUAAAUUUUCGGAAUUCUGGGAUCUUUUUGGGACAUUAAAGGGCGACAAAUAUAUGGAGGUGUGCGUGGGCCGAUCCACCGAAACCGUCCAAAAAGGCAUCCUCGAGGCCAUGGCUCUGACCUACCGAACCGCAAGCCUGGAAAAGGUGUUGGCGAAUCUCAAUAUGGAUGCAUCCGCGGCCGCGAAACUAAACGACGUUCCGUGUGUCGAAUCGGUGAGCUCGGACACGGUCACCUUUGUUGCCUCGUCCGACAACACCAAGCGCAGCCGUGUGUUCCAAGCAGGCGUCAGCUAUUCGGCGAUCGCCAACAUGUGCAACAUGGUCACAUCGUCGGAAUAGAUCAAAAGCAACGAGCAGAGCAGGAUCGAGUCCAAAGGAUCGUAUGGUUUCGCGUUUGCGGAAGAUCUGGCGCUUUUGGUAUGACGCAGCGAUGCAAAAUCAUUCGUGUUUCCAGCCCAUUAGGCGUUGAAUCUGUUCAAUAGGAUAAAGGUAUCGAAUGCCAUGUACAACGGAAAAAUAAUUAAAAUCAUCAAAA